AUGCUCAGCUCCCGGGUGAUGACUGCGGCCGACAGAGCCAUCCAUCGCUUCCUGCGGACCGGGGAGGCGGUCAGAUACAAAGUCAUGAAGAACUGGGGAGUUAUCGGUGGUAUUGCUGCAGCAGUUGCCGCAGGAAUAUAUGUUAUUUGGGGUCCCAUUACAGAAAGAAAGAAGCGUAGAAAAGGGCUUGUUCCUGGCCUUGUCAACUUGGGGAACACCUGCUUCAUGAACUCCCUGCUUCAAGGCCUGUCUGCGUGCCCCACUUUCAUCAAGUGGCUGGAAGAGUUUACAAGCCAGUACACUGGUGAUCAGAAGGAGCCCCCCACACACCAGUAUCUGUCCUUAACGCUGCUACAUCUCCUGAAAGCUUUGUCCUGCCAGGAAGUUACUGAGGACGAGGUCUUGGAUGCAAGCUGCUUGUUGAACGUCUUGAGAAAGUACAGAUGGCAGAUCUCUACGUUCGAAGAGCAGGAUGCUCACGAACUCUUCCACGUCAUCACCUCAUCGUUGGAAGAUGAGCGAGACCGGCAGCCCCGGGUCACACACCUGUUCGAUGUGCACUCUUUGGAGCAGCAGUCAGAAGUUACCCCUAAACAGAUAACCUGCCGCACAAGAGGGUUCCCUCACCCCAUGUCCAGUCACUGGAAGGCUCAGCACCCUUUCCAUGGAAGACUUACCAGUAAUAUGGUCUGCAAACACUGUGAACACCAGAGUCCGGUUCGAUUUGAUACCUUUGAUAGUCUUUCACUGAGCAUCCCAGCUGCCACUUGGGGUCACCCGCUGACCCUGGACCACUGCCUGCACCACUUCAUCUCAUCAGAGUCCGUGCGGGACGUCGUAUGUGACAACUGUACGGAGAUAGAAGCAAAAGGGACAAUGAAUGGGGAAAAGGUGCAACACCAGAGGACCACUUUUGUCAAGCAGUUGAAGCUCGGGAAGCUCCCUCAGUGCCUGUGCAUCCACCUGCAGCGCCUGAGCUGGUCCAGCCACGGCACUCCCCUCAAGCGGCAUGAGCAUGUGCAGUUCAACGAGUUCCUCAUGAUGGACAUCUACAAGUACCACCUCCUAGGUUCCCAGUCCGGCCAGCACAAGUCGAAACCCAGCACUAGCUCCGGGCCGGCUCUGGAGCAUCAGGACGGUCUAGCUGCCCCCAAGGCAGUUCUGAAUCAGCCAGGGGUCCCCAAAAGACAAAUGUUUAUGAAUGGUGCCUGCUCCCCAUCUUUACUGCCAGCACUGCCAACUCCGAUGAUGUUCCCUCUCCCAAGUAUUCCUGACUACAGCUCCUCCACGUAUCUCUUCCGGCUGAUGGCUGUUGUUGUCCACCAUGGAGACAUGCACUCUGGACACUUUGUGACUUACCGCCGGUCCCCACCAUCAGCCAAGAACCCGCUGGCAACCAGCAACCAGUGGCUGUGGAUUUCUGACGACACGGUCCGUAAGGCCAGCCUGCAAGAGGUUCUGUCCUCCAGCGCUUACCUGCUCUUCUAUGAGCGAGUGCUGGCCAGGACGCAGCCCCAGGGACAGGAGUACACGUCAGAGGAGUGA